AUGCCAGCCAACAAGCAGCGACCGCCGUUCCGUGCAGAGCAUCUGGGCUCACUACUCCGCCCGCAAGAGCUCACCGAGAAGCGUCUUAAGCUUGCCGACGUAAAGGCCAUCGAUGUUGCUAAGGACGGGGAGUUGCACUCCAUCGAGGAUAAUGCCAUUGAUGAGAUUGUCAAACUGCAGCUAGACCUCGGGUUCCAUGCUAUCAACGAUGGCGAGUAUCGGCGACAUCAAUUCUGGGGAACCUUCUUCCCUAACCUUGAGGGAUUCGAAGAGAUCAUGGAACCAGAGUGGGAUAUGUUCCGGCUGUACGUCCCUGACACCGCCGCGUUUACUGAGAAGGGCCAUAAGCCCGGCGAAACAAUUGUUUGCGUUGGCAAAAUUAAGCAUGUCGGAAGUGCAUACUUGUCCGACUGGAACUAUCUUAAGAAAUUAGUCCCCGCCGACAGAGUGAAGGAUUUGAAGAUAACGCUCGCCGCCCCCGAAUGGUAUCAUCUGAGAUACAAGAAGGGCAAAGCGUAUCCGAAGGAAGUGUACGCUAACGACGAGGAGUACUUUGCCGAUAUUGCCAAAGCCUACCAAACUGAGUUGCAGCUUCUAUAUGACAACGGUUGCCGAAACGUGACCAUUGACGACCCGAAUUUGGCUUACUUUUGCGACGAGAAGAUGUUGGCUGGCUUCAAGGCGGAUGGGGAGGAUUCCGAUGCUCUCCUCGACUCGUAUAUCAAAUUAUACAACGACUGUGUAUCGUCUCGCCCGGCUGACAUGCACCUGGGCAUCCACCUCUGUAGGGGCAACUUCGCAUACAGUAAACACUUCUCAGAGGGAGGAUACGAUCGAAUUGCAACGAAGCUCUUUAACAACAUCGAUGCCGACACAUACUUCUUAGAAUACGACACGGAGCGAGCAGGUAAUUUUGAGCCUUUGAAGGAGCUGCCACCACAUAAAAAUGUCGUCCUAGGCGUCAUCACUAGCAAGUUCCCUGAGCUCGAGGACAUUGACGAGACACGCAAUAGGGUGUUCCAAGCAGCUGAUAUCAUCGCGAGUGGCGCUGGUCAGACGCGCGAGGAAGCGCUUAAGAGAAUUGGCGUCAGUCCGCAAUGCGGGUUCGCUAGCCACCACCUUGGCAACGCCGUGACGCGAGACGACAUGAUUGCAAAGCUAAAGCUAGUGAGAAAGCUCGCUGAUACGAUCUGGCCGGGUGAGCCAUAGAGAGAAAUAGUAUGUAUAUUAUAUUAUAUAUAUGGUGAUGGUGAUGAUGCUUGAGCGGAGUCGAAAUUAUGUAUUCAACAUGCAGAUUUGGAGCGGGAAGCUGAGAACUAGAACAGAACAAACGCUAGAAAAUCCCGAUAUCGGGUUUCUUAUAACUCGAUAGGCGUGAUUACCUAAUUGUAUACAUGCAACGUGCCACGAAGCAUGAAUGCUGUACGAAUUUAGUGAGUCCGACGAUAGGUAGAAAAUUGUGUGAAACUUGAAGUUGUGGGCUUGUCCUAAUUCUA